AUGAGCGGGCGAGUCCCCGAAGCAAACAAGCGGCAAUUGAGGGGGAAAAGACACAAAGUCGACAAGAUGAGGCUGGCAUGUGCUCUUGGAUCGCUCUUUGCCCUUUUUCUGAGUGUGGCUGCGUCCGCGCCGACGGUAAAGGUCUCCAUCUCUGCCCUAACCGCGGGAAUAGAGUCCGACUGGGCUGCUGUCUACUAUGGCCCUAGACCACAAGACUCGCUCCUUGUCGGAAACGACGGAAGUGCAGCGACAGGCGGUCUCCGCACGUAUGGCCUCCUUGACCGCAACCUGAACGAAACCGCUCGGCGAACGCCCGGCCGGACCAAAGUAGUAGGUGUCUUGUACGACAUCGGCGGACGCGAUCUGCUGGUGUCGAUUACCACCACCGAAUCGAUCAUCCGUCUGUAUGACGUUGAUGGACUUCGAGAGAUCUCUGGUGUGAAGAAGAAGGUGCUCGGCGACUGGUCGUGUCUGUGUACGUGGCGGAGUCCGCGGGGUGCGGAUUAUGUCUUUCUGCUUGGGAAAAAGCAGGCGGUUCAGUUUCUCGUGAGAGGGAACCGGAAGGAGCUGGAGAUUCUUGAGGUCCAAGCUUUCCCGCUGCCCGUCGAACCAAGUUCUUGCGCUGUUGACCCUGAGGGGGUUGUCUACUUCGCUGCAGAAAACACGAUGUUAUACAGUUUUCAGGCGGCAGAGUCAACCGUUGCUCCUGAGAUCAAGGCGUUUGGAGAAGUCGGUGACGAUAUCUCAGGUUUGGCGGUUUACGUCUCCCACAGAUCACAUUACCUGUUCGUGGCACAGACAGACGUUAUAGAGAUCUACUCGCCCAGUCUGGAGCUCAAGGGGUCCCUUGCUGUGACUGGAGCCGAGGACAUCGAGAUUGCAGGAACGGCCAUCUACCAGAGUAGCUCAAGUCAGUACCCCUACGGACUGAUCAGCUAUGCGAUUGAGUCGGAUUCUGGCGUGGGCUUCGGCGUCAGCUCCCUUGAGCCCGUCUUCACCGAACUGCGUCUUGAGCCAAACACCCGCUAUACACCGCGCUCAGCACGUCCUCCGCAGUCUGAGUCAAAGCUAAACGGGUUUAGAAAUCGUGAUGGCAGCCUUUCCUGCUUUGCCGGCUUCACAGGCCGUAACUGCAACCGUGUUGCCUGCUCGAAUGACUGCUCCGGACACGGAUCCUGUGUGGGACCCAAUGAAUGCCAGUGCCGUGAUCCGUGGGCUGGCCCCGAUUGCUCCUGGAUCGGUGUAGAGGCAAAGUACGAAACGGAUGCCAACGGCGGAGAUGGUGACGACCCGGCUAUCUGGAUCUCUCCUACGAGCCCGAACCUGUCGACUAUCAUCACGACGACCAAGUCCGAGACCAUAAGCGCCGGCGAGCCGAACAACGUGGAUGUCAUCUACAGCUUCCAGCUCGGCAACCGCACAGUCGAUCUGGCUUACGCUGCGUGCCGAGCGGACGACACGCUAUGCCUGUUCGAGGUCACUUCCGACGGCCUUUUGGCCGAGGUCCCUGGCGGAAUCCAACCCGUCCCUGAGGACUACACCGUCUACGGCUCGUGCGCGUACCGCUCCCCCUCAAGCGGCAAGCAAUACCUCUUCGUGAACGCGAAAUCCGGGCAAUACCUGCAAUACGAACUCACCUCGCGCACCAACGGAACCCUAUCCACCACGCUCGUGCGCACCUUCACCGGCGGCACCGGCGGGCAGCCCGAGGGGUGCGUCGCCGACGAAGAAAACGGCUCCCUUUUCCUCGGCGAAGAGCCCUACGGCCUGUGGCGGUACGACGCCGAGCCGACGGGCUCGAGUAAUGGGACUCUCGUCGCGAAGGCGGGGGACGGAACACUCUUUGCGGACGUCGAGGGCGUGACCCUCCUCCCUGGAAAGACCGCUGAUCAGGGGUUCAUCGUUGUAUCCUGCCAGGGGGUCAGUGCGUACUCGGUUUAUCGGCGGGCAGAGCCGCAUGAGUAUGUGAUGACGUUUACGAUUGGGGAGUCGAAGGACGGACGAGUUGAUGGCGUGACGAAUACGGAUGGGGUGGCUGGGGUGCCGAAUCGGUUGAAUGCUGAUUUUCCGCAUGGGUUGCUGGUGGUGCAUGAUGAUGCGAAUCAGUUGGCUGAGGGGGGGACGGCGGAGUUGGCGUCGUUCAAGUUGGUGAGUUUGGAGGAUGUGUUGGGACCCACGGUGGGAGGGAUGUUGCUGCUGGAGCUUGAUGCGGAAUGGAAUCCGAGGACUACCGUGUGA